UUUAGCAUUUUCAUGGGGUUUUCUAUGUUCGGAAUAAAAUUAUUUGGACUGCAUUUCCCCCGGAAAAAAGUGCCUUAAGCCCCAAGAAAUAGGCAUAACAUUUUUCAAGUUUAGAAAGUGACGAAGGUUUGCACAACUCCUCUCACCUACUCAAUUGUUAGAUACUUAAGAGAUCACCAACCAAAUUGACCCUUCUGUUCCAUCUCUUCUUCCUCCAUCUAAAGUCCUAUAUAAUGUUUUCGUUUCCAUUUACAUUUUUUCUCUGUGGGUUCAGUUCAGAAGCUUAAAACCGGAACCCUAAAGAUUUGCUCACCCAAAUGUCUGGUCUACUCGGGAAAAUAUCUCCGGCCAGGCGAGUUUCCCGUCAUGAUCUCCCCCUGUUUUACCUUGACCAGACAUCAAUGGAGCCCCAGAGUUGCCCUAGAAGGGGCACACCAAGGGUAUCCGCCACGCUGGCAGAGCUUCUGAUGCGCGUGGAGGGUUCUCCGGAUGACCAUAGUGCCCAUCGUCGUCAUCAGGCCAUGGAUGUCAAUGUCACCUCCAAUGCCUGGAGCUCGGUUCCCACUUCUUCUGUAUCUUCUUCCCCCUUUGUUCUUUCCUUUAACGACCUGACUUACAGUGUGAAGACAGGGAAGAAGUUCGAGUUCUCACCUUGUUGCGGGAAUUCAGCUUCAGGUUCUGAUGCAAAUGAUUGGGCAGGCAAUAGUAAGCUCUUGAAGACAUGAUCGGGUGAAGCUCAAGACGGGGAGAUCAUGGCCGUUCUUGGGGCAAGUGGGUCGGGGAAAUCGACGCUGAUCGAUGCAUUAGCCAACCGAAUUGCCAAGGAGAGUCUCCGAGGAUCUAUCACCUUAAAUGGGGAAGUUCUCGAGUCGAGUUUGCAGAAAGUCAUAUCAGCUUAUGUGAUGCAAGACGACCUUCUCUUCCCUAUGCUUACUGUGGAGGAAACCCUAAUGUUCUCUGCAGAGUUCAGGCUUCCUCGUACGCUGUCCAAGAAAAAGAAGGCGGCCCGGGUCCAAGCUCUGAUCGACCAGUUAGGGCUGAGAAGCGCUGCAAAAACCAUCAUCGGGGAUGAGGGUCACCGAGGAGUCUCGGGAGGAGAGCGGAGACGGGUUUCAAUAGGUACCGACAUAAUCCAUGACCCGAUUAUCCUCUUCCUCGAUGAACCGACUUCCGGGCUUGACUCUACCAGUGCUUUCAUGGUGGUCAAAGUGCUUCAGAGAAUAGCACAGAGUGGGAGCAUUGUUAUCAUGUCGAUCCAUCAGCCAAGUUACCGAAUCUUGGGCUUGCUCGACAGGUUAAUCUUCCUUUCCCGCGGAAACACCGUUUAUAGCGGCUCACCAGAAAAUCUCCCUCGGUUUUUCGCAGAAUUCGGUCAUCCAAUCCCUGAAAACGAGAAUAAAACUGAGUUUGCACUCGAUCUAAUCCGUGAACUAGAAGAUUCACCAGAAGGAACCAAAACUCUAGUCGAGUUCCACAAGCAAUGGAGGACGAAGAACAGCAGCAGCAGCUGCAGCAGCUGCAGCAGCAAGAACCAGAACAGAAACACCAAUGUCUCGCUCAAAGACGCGAUAAGUGCGAGCAUUUCACGGGGGAAACUCGUGUCCGGAGCAAAGAAAAAUGGCUCAAACCUAACAUCCUCAGUUCCGACAUUUGCAAAUCCAUAUUGGAUCGAGAUGAUCGUCAUAGCGAAGCGAGCACUGCUGAACUCGAGAAGACAACCCGAGCUCUUCGGAAUCCGUCUAGGAGCCGUUCUAGUCACCGGAAUCAUCCUCGCCACUAUCUUCUGGAAACUCGACAGUUCCCCAAAAGGGGUUCAAGAACGUCUAGGGUUCUUCGCCUUCGCCAUGUCCACGACCUUCUACACCUGCGCAGAAGCAAUCCCAGUGUUCCUGCAAGAACGAUACAUAUUCAUGAGAGAAACAGCGUAUAAUGCUUACCGGAGAUCCUCCUAUGUCCUGGCUCAGUCCAUAAUCUCAAUCCCUUCACUCAUCGUCCUCUCUCUCAGCUUCGCCGCCACGACCUACUGGGCCGUCGGACUCGCUGGCGGCGGAAAUGGGUUCCUCUACUUCUUCCUCACCAUCCUCGCCUCCUUCUGGGCCGGAAGCUCCUUCGUCACAUUCCUCUCCGGCGUCGUCUCUCACGUCAUGCUUGGAUUCACCGUCGUCGUCGCGAUCCUCGCGUAUUUCCUUCUCUUCUCCGGAUUCUUCAUCUCCAGAGACCGAAUCCCUCUCUACUGGAUCUGGUUCCACUACAUCUCCCUCGUGAAAUACCCGUACGAAGGUGUUCUUCAGAACGAAUUCGAGGAUCCGACGAAGUGCUUCGUCCGUGGGAUUCAGAUGUUCGACAAUUCUCCGUUAGGUCAAGCUCCGUUGGCGGUGAAGACGCGGCUUCUGAGCAGCAUGAGCAGCGUUUUGGGGAUCAAUGUGACGGCGGAGACGUGUGUGACGACGGGGAUCGACAUUCUGAAGCAGCAAGGGAUAACGGAUCUCGGAAAAUGGGAUUGCUUUUGGAUCACCAUUGCUUGGGGAUUCUUCUUUAGGGUUCUGUUCUAUUUCACGUUGUUGAUCGGAAGCAAGAACAAGCGGAGGUGAAGAAGAUAAAGAAGAAGAAACUGAUUUCAGGGGAAUUUAUUAUAUUUAAAAUUGAGGUUCAGCAAUUUGUUUUUUUUUUUCGAGAUAAAUUAUGUAUUUGU